UAAAAUGGCUGCCUUGUUGUUGGAGACUUUUGGGUGCUUGUUUGGAUAUUAAUGUUUAUUUCUUCCUAUUAUUAUGAUUUCUUUAAAUUGUUUGUACGAAACACUUCCUAGUUUGCGCUUGUGUCUAAAGCAAUGGUAAAUUUCAAGUGGUAUUGACGCUGUAAAGUGAAAACGGAUAAGGAACGUAAUAGCAGGAUAGUUUGGGCAACGUGCCGCUGGGCCCAUCAGCCACUCCUCGGGAGAUCUGAGAGCCUGUGAUAUUAACCCAUUAGAUCGCCUUACCAUGUCAAGGAUGUGGCCGUCACAGUAUUCCCACACCAACCACCAAGGUCCUCCGAAGAGCAAUGAGCACCAGAACCAGCAGAACCUUAAGACGCUGGGGAUGACCUCCGCUAUUUCUAUGGCUGGACCCAAGCCCAUUGAUAUUGAGAAGACGAAUGAGCUGAAGGAGUCACUCAAACCGUACGGUGUCUUCGAAUCGGAUACGGAGAUGCACCAUCGUAUGGAGGUACUCGGACAGCUUCACCGCUUGGUCCGGCAGUGGAUCCGGGACGAGUCCCUGAGGAAAAACAUGCCUCCGAGCGUGGCUGACACCGUUGGAGGCAACAUAUACACUUUUGGAUCUUAUAGGCUUGGUGUUCAUCACAGAGGUGCGGAUAUUGAUGCCUUGUGCGUGGCGCCGCGUCACAUAGAUAGAUCGGACUAUUUCACGUCGUUCUAUGAGCUGUUGAAGCAGCAGCCUCAGGUGAGAGAUUUGCGAGCCGUGGAAGACGCCUUUGUGCCUGUGAUCAAGAUGAAUUUCGAUGGCAUAGAGAUUGAUUUGCUGUUCGCAAGGCUUGCUCUCAAAGAGAUACCAGAUUCGUUCGACCUUCGCGAUGAUAUGCUGCUCAAGAAUUUGGACCAAAAGUGCGUCCGUUCCCUCAACGGUUGCCGUGUGACUGACGAGAUAUUGAGAUUGGUGCCCAAUAUUGACAACUUCAGAUUGACCCUGCGCGCCAUCAAACUGUGGGCGAAACGUCACGGCAUCUACUCGAACACGCUGGGCUACCUGGGCGGCGUGUCGUGGGCCAUGCUGGUGGCGCGCACGUGCCAGCUGUACCCCAACGCGCUGCCCGCCACGCUGCUGCACAAGUUCUUCCUGGUCUUCAGCCAGUGGAAGUGGCCGCAGCCGGUGCUGCUCAAGCAGCCCGAUACGGUCAACCUCGGCUUCCCCGUCUGGGAUCCUAGGGUGAACCUAUCGGACAGAUUCCAUCUGAUGCCCAUCAUCACACCGGCAUACCCCCAACAGAAUUCCACGUUCAACGUGUCGGCUUCAACACGCACUGUUAUCAUGGAGGAGUUUAGAGUCGGACUGUCAAUAACCGACGAGAUCAUGCUGAACAAGAGCGGAUGGGAGCGUUUGUUCGAAGCGCCCAACUUCUUCUCGCGCUACAAACACUUCAUAGUUCUACUGGCGUCGUCCGCGAACCCAGAUGAUCAGUUGCAAUGGUGCGGACUGAUUGAGAGCAAGAUCAGACAUCUGAUAAACACGCUGGAGAGAAACCAACAUAUAACCAUAGCACACGUGAAUCCGGAGUGCUACAAUUCUGUACCUCUCAACACUAACAACGGGCAACCGUUGGCAAUGCCGCCAGGUGCUCCAAUGCCAGUGCCAGCAGAUCCAGCGCCUGUUGUUGAGAAAAAUGAGAAUGGCGAAGUGAUGCCCAACCACUGUUCCAUGUGGUUCAUCGGUUUGGUGUUCGAGAAAACCAAUCUGAACGUUGACCUGACAUAUGACAUACUGUCGUUCACCAAAGCCGUUCACUACCAAGCGGACCAUGCCAACAUGCUGAGGGAUGGCAUGACUAUUGAGGCCCGUCACGUGAGACGCAAACAGCUGCACCAGUAUCUGUCUCCGUGUUUGCUGAAGCGAGAACGAACCGCGUCCUCCUCGAAACGGAAGCCGGAACCACCAACAACUGCGCAACAAGCCCCCGCCAAGAAAACCAAAAGGGUAUCUGAGACUAGCAAUGACGAGGUCAGCCUUCUGUCGUACAAUGAGGACUCAAAUUCAUCGAAUCUCUUCGAGGUGCAGUUGCAAAACGGAUCGCACACAGACAAACAGACAGACAAGGCCGAGUCGUCCAGCUCUAUAGCCGUCACGUAGCAAUACGUCAUCUGGAGACAACGGUUCAUAUACGGAACCGGCAAGCGGAAAGUGUAAAACGUUUUAAGUGACACAGUGAUGUGUGUUGUUUGUGGAAACAACUGUGCGUUUAAUAAGUGAUAAAUCAAGGGUGUGUUUUAAGUUUGUGUCGGAACGUUUGUGAUUAUUGCAAAUGUGACCAGGAUAUGGUGGGUUGACUAUGUUUUAAAAUGUCUUAUUAGAAUAAGAGGAGCGAUUCGAUUUUGAAAGCUAUUGCUGGAGGGCUAUGCUAAACUUAGGUAUGAGGUAGGUUCACGAAUGUCCAAAAGGCGUUAUGUGUUUACAAAAAGAGUUGGAGAGGCAAGAAUGUCCUUUUCAAUGUACGUUAAUAAUCUUAUUGGUGUUAGAUUAACAUGUCUUGCCUCUUCCUACUGGCUUUUUUUAUUUAUUUACUAAUUUAUGUACACAGAAAAUGACAAUUGACAAAAUGACUAUGAAUUCUGCUUAUUUCAAAGGAAACUUCUUCCAGCAGGCUUUAGUCCCGGUUGCAUCCUCAUCACUCUGGCGAGGAACCUGGGUUGUGCCAUUAACUGAUCCUGGAUUGGUCAGGUUUUAACACGAAGCGGCUCCCGUCAGACCUCCACAGUAGCUUGAAUGUGCAGGUUUCCUCACGAUGUUUUCCCUCACCGUAACAGCAUCGGUUAGUAUUAAAACUAAUGUACGUAACUUCGAAAAUAGUCAUUACUACAUGGCCAAAUUGGGAUUCUAACCUGUGCCUUACUGCGGAUCACGUAUUUUAACCGGGCACCUUGCCGAUUCGACCUCCGACGCUCUAAGUCGGCCUUGUCCUCUCUCUCUGCAGUUAAUCUCAAAGAUAGAAGCAAGUAAAGGUAAAGGGUCAGGUCAAGAGUACCCGAAACCGCCGAGCUUGCAUGAAGAGAGUUAUGAAUGUGGAUGAAGCGAAGGAAGUGUGCAGAGAUCGUGGCAAGUGGAAGGAGGUAGUCUCUGCCUACCACUCCGGGAAAGAGGCGUGAUUUUAUGUAUGUAUGUAUGGAAGCAAGUUUAGACACGUGUCUUAUUCGUGAAUCAAAUUUGCCGUUUCAAGUCGUUUAUAUGAUGAGCCAACCUCUUUAAAGCUCAUCAUCAUACAACAACGUGCCACACUGAUUUCGUAGCCUUCUAGCGAUAAUUAUCAAAAGUGAAACUAUAUCUUGACAUGUAUAUGUUUUUGUCGGACUGGACAUAGGCAUGAUAGCUAAAGAUGCCACUGAAAUUGACUAAAACUCGAGCAUAGACUAUACUGAAAUUACUAUUUUCUGCUAAAGACUAAAAAAGAAUGAAUGAAAAUGUAAAAAAAAAAUAUGCAUUAAAUUGUUCUACUCGUAGGAUACUGUUUUUAAAUACUUUAAAUGUUUGAUAGUCAAUGAGAUUGUUAUUUGUAUUAAUCUCAUCAUCUUUCAUGGGUCAAAAUGAUGAAAAAUUUUAAGAUUGACAUUUUGAUGUCUUUAGUUUCGUGUGUUUAGGCUAAUGUUGAAUCUUUAUGGUAAAUGGCAAAAUCCCAAAUUGAUAAGGUAGAUUUGUUACAUUAUCUCUCACAUAAGGACUUUAUACUUGAGCUCAAUAGUAAAAUGAAAAAUAUUUGAUAAGUCUUUCUAGGUGUAUUGUCACGAAUUCAACCUUAUAUUUUGGUGAUAAGAUUUUAAAUAACAAUGGCUGUAUACAUUUAAUUAUAUUUCGAUGACGAAUGACGCUAGACUUAAAUGUAAUAUUAUUUAAAAUAACAGUAGGAUUUGGAUAAAAUGACUUGCAAUACUUUGUUACAAUAACCGGAUGACGAUCAAAUUGGCUCAUAAUUUAAUCAUAAACGAUAGUUUUUCUGACAGAAAUAAGUUGCAAAUAUUGUCUCAACUUGAUCUUAAUGGCGUUAGUCAGACCCGGUUUCAUCCUUACACUAAAGAGGUGUCCGGGGUCUCACCUUGUAUGUUGUUUUAAAUGGCUAAUAUCUUGCUCAUAGGAGGAGGAAAGUAGUAAAAUUAAAAUAAUUAGAGACAUAAACGAAUUUCCUUAAACUUAGGAUAAUUUUUAGACAAUGAGAAAUAUAACCCAAAAUUAUUUUUAUCAUGUAUCUUAACUUUUCUUUCGAGUCAUAUGAUAUUUGAGUAGGAUUAAAAAAGUGAUAUGGGUGCAUUUUAUAAAAUUUUACGUCGUCGUCUUAAACAAGGUAAGACAUAAUAUGCGAAGUCGUAAUAUCCAAAUUGUAUUGUAUUCCACCGAUUCUAUACCUACAUGUUAUAACUUUGCCCAAUAUCCGACACAAACAAACAAAAAAUAAUAUUUUUUUAUAAUUCACUUUAUUUAAUUGGUAUUGUUUUAAGAUGAGGACACUGUACCUACGUAAGUUAAUUGUAUAGUAAUAGUGUGAUGCAUUUCUAUGUGAAAAUUUAAAAAAAAAAAUAUUGUAAAUACUAUUUUAAUUAGUUGUUGUCCGAAUUUAAGUAGGGGUUUUAUGGGAAGCUGAUUCUGUUUCUGCAAUAUCAAAGAGUCUUGAGUAUUUUUGUGUUACGCGUAAAAUUUGGUCGAUAAUUAUACUUUUGGAAACAAGUUAGUUAGCUAUCUUUACUCAUGAAGUUCUUAAUAAUGACAUGGCGUCUACUGGCCAACUAGCACAAGUUCGUCAAGGUAAACCAAAAACAUUUAUUUUACAAUGCAAUCAAGUUUUUAACUUUUUGCUGAGCAACCAACUCGCAAGUUAUGAUCGCGAAGGUAAAAAAAAAGGUCCUAAUUAUCGGACAUCGGGUUGCUUACAACUUGUUGCAAAUUUGCAAAUAACUUUAUAUCACCCGUUACCUUGCGAUCUGAUUACCUCAAUUGAGACACCUAUUUAAGAAGCAAAUUGGUUGCUAUUAAAUAAAAUUUAGCAACAAAAUUUGACGCUUUUCCUUUUGUAUGUAAGAGCUAGAACAUGAAAUUGUUUACUUAUAUUAAUUGUUGAAGAGAUAAUUCGAAUGCAGUCAAUAAUUUAACAGUUUUUAGUUUCAAAUUUUACCGAUGCCUCCCUUAGAAUUUUAAAAUUGAAAACCGUUAAAUUAUUUACUGAAGUGGCACCAUUCAAAUCAAUAAAUAUGUUUUGUACGAUUUGAUGUGUUGCUAUUAAGUGUGUGUUUGUAUGUAUAUGUACAUGCACUUUGAUACCGUCAGAAGUGAUUUAGUAAAAAUAUACGUCAUUUUUUUAACAUAGAAAUCUGAAUAGUAUAAUACAAAAGAAAAUACAUCUUAUAGUAAAAGCUAUAUGAAUAAUGAUUCGUCGUUUUGCAUAGCACGUAAUUUUCAGUUUUCAAAUAAAUUUCAGAAUUGAGAUGAAAACAAAACGUCCAUUUACUAAUAUAUACCACUUCUAUAGUUUAAUAUCAUUCUGAAUUCUACGGUAUCAAAGGAAUCUGGGUAAAAGUUUUAUUACAGAUAGUUUUCCUAUUGAUUGUCGUUGUUUUGAACUAUUGUCUUAGAAUGUUCUCAUUUUGUUAUCAGGAUGGGGUGACACACGCAACCUGUUGCAAGACAAAUUUCUUGACUAAAAACUUUGAGCAAUAUUUUUACAAACGAAAUUUGUUAUUAUUUUUAUGUCAACGCUUAGAUAUUUGUUUUUUGUUUAGUGUACCUGCAAAAACAUAUGUGUACUUAAAAAAUUUAAAAUGUUUCUGUAAUUUAAUAUAUCGACUUUCGCUCUACAUUGGAUCUAAAACCAUUAAUAUAUGGCAUUAUUUGGUAUUCCCAAACAGAAUCUGCUGAUUUAAGUUUGACAAGCGCUACAUACAAAUACAUAUGCGUGUACUCGUGUUUGCUUGCAGUUGCAGGUCGCAGGCGACGGCGGCACGUAAGUUGAACAAUCUGAAUGUAGUGCGACACGAUGCGAUCAUGUCACACAAAAAAAUAGUUUUCGAAAAUAUUGAAAUCGUAAAGAUAGACCCAAACAACUUGUUAUUGGAUCUCAUUUUGUCGGUUUUCUUUUGAUUCGUCAAAAAUAAUUCAGUUUUUUUCUUUACUGUUUUAAAACACUUAAUUUGCUAUAUACAAUCCCAUGCAUAGUAACUAGGUCGCGUCGCGUCGCAACUGCGUUCAGAGCUUAACAUUCAUAAUACAUGACGGAAAACAAUUAGCGGUUGCAUUUCCUACAAUAUGCGAGUUAAUAUAGGAUAUUAUGAAUUAACUACUAUUACUUGCUGCGAUGUGUGAUCCCACUUCUGCUUUAAGUGAUCCCACCUCUGACCCCAUAAUUUGAACAGUUUUCUGUUCACUUUGUGGUCACUUAAUUUUCGAAAUGCAAUCCUACAACUUUAGCUUUUAUUUGCCCCUAACACCACUGCCAUUUGCAAGAAAUAUUAUUAUUUUUAAGUCAACAUGUAGCGGCCGUUCAGCCUCCAUGGACAGACAGACUUUGACUUGACAUUUUAGAUGAACAAAGCUGACUGACAUAUUGAUGAAAAAUAGGACAAUCAAAUUUGACUAAAACGACGACGAGACAAGACGCUUACAAUCUGGUAUUAUUCUGACUGACCUACCAGACCCUCGGCCCGUUCACAACAAGACCGAUUCAAAUAGGCUUUCUGCUAAAUUUUCAUAUGUAUUGUCCAAUACGCUAGCAAAACCAUUUAUGGUUUACUAUGCCAUAGUACGGAGAGAUGACCUUACUAAAGGGUUAUGUGCGUAUUUAGUGCGUUUAAUUAUGACGUACUAAAUUUGACUAAUGAUUUUAAGGGUUCAAGUUAGCCCGGUUAUUCAAAGCUAGAUUGUAUACCCUUUAUUGUUAAUAAAUUAAGUAGAUUAAUCCUAAGCUUAUGUUGAGGUUAUCUACAAAAGGCGGACUUAUCGCAUUAUUUUAUAAGAAGUCCCCGCCGAAAAGCGCUAAAUAUAGGUUUCAUAUAGCGUAGUUCCAUUAUAAAACAUUUGUUCUUAGUUUAUAUAUAAACAUUUAUUCUUAGUUAUAAAAUGUUACAGUGACAGCCGAUAUUUCAAAAGAAAAUAGGUCGCGCGAAAAGAAAUAAUUUGCUUUAAAAUAAUGUAUGUGAUUGUAUAUUCACUCUUAUUCUGGUCAGUUAUUUAUGAACGAAAUCAUUUCGAUACACAAUCAUAAAUUAACAAUAAAAAAAACUUAGGACUUGCUCACCUUUUCCUUUGAUUUAAUAAUAUUUCUUGCAAAUGAGAUAAUACAGUACAAAGUGGAAGAAAUGUUUAUAUCGUAGUGAUUAUUUUAACUAUUAAUAGGUUGAGACAAGAAUCAAGCAGGAAGGAUUUAUUUUUUAAGAGAACCUUACACUAGGGUUUUUUGAGUCUCAAUCAAAGGUUAUAUUUUUAAUUGGGUUGUGUUGUGUUGAACUGGGUUAUACCGACGACCGGCUAAAGUAACUGAUUGAAUGUAGUCCUUCAGUCUUUCAAGAAUAUAUAUUUGUAAAGUGCGGAUUGCUUAUUAUAUUUAAAGUAAUUUCGAGGCAUGGUUUUCUGUGGCAAUUUAUUCUACGUCGACUUGGAAGGCUUAUUCACGAAUAUUGAUAGGACAUAAUAUGUCUCAUCUCCCUAUUUUUGAGGUAAUCCGAAGUGUUAAAAAUUUAGAAAAUACGUAUGUGAAUAAGUGUGCUGGCAACACCAUAACCUCAAAAGACUAGUGUAAGGGUUCUCAAAUUAUACUAAUUUCUUAAUACGUGUUCACGUAAAAGAAAUCGCACAAAAAUUUACCCAUACCUUUACUUCUUUAUUUCUAAAAUAGUAUCCCAUUGUCUGUCUUUCUUCAGCACAUGAAUGAUGACAGAAAUUAAAUUUCAUGAUCGGUCGCAACUCGUCCUAAAAUUACUUUUUUUUUAAUUUGGUCCCUUCAUUUAACCUACAUAUAUGUAAGUAAAUAAUCUGUAAUAUUUGCGCUUUCCUUCCGCCACGAACCAUCUGAAAAUCUUUUUAUUAGUUAGUUAACUCUCAUCUUUGCAUUUUCUAUUAACCUCUAAGCUUCUGGGCUCGGGGUCUACGUAUCGAUUUCCUUCCACUUUUACCAGUCUUAUGCAUUGUAUAAACAUUGCAUUGCAAACACUUGUAUUUAAGACAGAAACAAUGCUAGCUUUGUGCGAUUUGAUGUGAGUGAACACGCAACUUUUUACGGGUGUAAGUUCACUUUAGAAUCGAAAUUUAAAAUUUUGCGUGACAUUUCCUAUUAUCAAUUGUUUUUUUUUGUUUUUUUAAUGAUAUGAAUACUUGUUUAUGGUUUAUAUUUUAUCACUGCCUGAAAUCGUUUCAUUUAAACAACACAUUUUCUUAAAGUUAAAUUGACAGAAUUUCAGCGUUAUCCAAAUACUUGAGAAUGUUGUUCUUUAUUUGAUAAUAAUGAAAAUUAAACUUUUAAUGUCGUCGUUAAAAACAGAUGGUCGUAAUAAUAAAAAUCGAAUUAUAUUUGUAUUUCUGGUUCCCAGCAUCGCCCAAGUGUGAUCUUUUGGCACUUCGUUAUUACUUACAGUGCCCGUUAUAAAAAUUCUUAUUUACUUAUGGGGCUAUUCACGGAUUUUAUUACGGCAUAUGUGAUCUUAUCCACUAUUGUUCUUCGUUGCAAACAUGGUUCAGUAAUGCAAACAUGUGUUGUUAAAUGAAAUUGUAUUGUAACUAUAAUAAUUCUUUUGUCAUAUUUGGUUAACGUAUUUUGUUUUAUUGGUAACCAUUUAUGAUAUACGGCAAAGAUUCUUACUCUCAAAAUUAUUUUCUCUUAUUUUAUUUCUCUCAUUGGCAAAUAUAUAUGUAUAUUUUUUCAGUUGAUUCCAUUUUGUACACCACGGUUGUAUUACCCUGAUGACAAAACAAGACUUUUUGGUGUCUUCAAUUUACUUCGGAUGCUAAAAAUCCACGGAUUUAUAAAAAAAAAAAAAUAGUACUUGUAUCGAAUUAUUUAAACAACCAGGAAAUUUUCAAGGUGAUAUAUUUUUUCAAUAUGAAUACACUAAAAAUGUCCACUUUGUUCACCCGGGUGAUGUCACCGGUGACAUAGCGAAACACCAUUUUUUUAAUUAAGCGAUUCACGAUUGUCUUUGAUUGUUAGUUUAUAUAUAAACAAUGAUUCCACUUAGUUUUAAGAGUCAAAUGUAGCGCCAGGAAAUAAUUGUAAGUUGUAUAUAACGAUAGCCAAUUUUGAUUAUAAUAUGAAAAUAUAUAUCUCGAAAAAAUUAUUUCGAAAAAGAACAAAAAAAAAACGGAAUAAAUGUACAUAUAAAAAG